AACACUUGAGAGAAGUCCACUUUCCUGCAAUACAUUCUCAUUCUAAGUGUAAGAUAGUAUCAGUAUGGCAGACUGGGGCCCGGUGGUGAUCGCGUUGGUGCUGUUCGUGCUGUUGUCACCGGGGCUGCUUUGUCAGAUCCCCGGCAAGGGGAGAAUGGUUGAGUUUGCUAAUAUGCAGACCAGCGGCGUUUCCAUACUAGUUCAUACCAUCAUCUUCUUUGGUCUCAUCACUAUUUUCCUCAUUGCUAUUGGUGUUCAUAUCUAUACUGGUUGAUUUAUAUAAGCUUACUUCUUUCACUUUUUGUCAUUUUUGGUAUUCAAUUGGCUAUGUUUUUCAUUCAAUUGUGUAUUGUUUAAGUCUUUAAAAUUCGGUUGUCAUACUAGUUUCUUGGGGUAUAAUUUUUCUCAAGCCAAAGUAUUCUUUGGUAGCAUUUUUUUUUAUGAGUAUGAUUUGUUGUCUGUCAUACUUCUCCCGAUGAUGAUCAUAGUUUUAAUGAGCGGAAUACACUGAAUAUACUGAUGAUGAUGGAAUGAUUUAAUUACAUAGUUAUUAAACAUAAUAUAGUUCUGUGGAGAACGUGUGAUAUGUACUAAUCAGAACAAUUUUUUUCAAUUGUGUAUGAUACUUUUAUGUGAAAAUCUAUAUUCUAUCCUAUUCUCAC